AUGAGCGCGCAAAUUACGGAUGUUGUUAAGGAAUGCAUUAUUUGCGCCAAAUUUUCUCCGAGUCAGCAGAAACCUCCGAUGAAGAAUCACGCAAUUCCAAUAUAUCCGUGGCAAACUGUAUCGAUGGAUGUAUUCUUUGCAACCUAUCACGGCAAGAAGCAUCAAUUUCUAGUAACCGUAGAUCAUUAUUCAGAUUACAUUGAACUUGAUCUACUGAAAGACAUGACAGCCAAAAGCCUCGUUGAAAGCUGCAAAAGGAAUUUCUCCCGCCAUGGAACCCCUCAGAUCGUCAACACAGACAACGGGACAAAUUUUGUUAACGAAGAGAUGAAGGAUUUGUCUAUAAAAUGGGACUUCAAGCACUCGACGUCUUCUCCUCAUCACCAGCAAGGUAAUGGUAAAGCUGAAGCAGCGGUAAAAAUCGCGAAACGAUUGCUACAAAAAGCAGAGGAAACCGGGCAGGACAUAUGCACAAGGUGUGGUGUGCCUGCAUCGUUUGAACAACAGAACAACACCGUCAGUGACAGCAGUGACUACUCCCGCCACCACAACAGCUGA